AUGGAGCCCAGGAAUCCACACAAAGACCACCCAGAAACAGAUUCGUACGCCGCGUCUGGCUAUGGCAACCGCAUGGGAUGGGGCCCCAGACCAGCCCUCCUCCUUGUCGACAUCUGCAAAGCCUACUGGACACCUGGGUCGCCCCUCGACCUCUCAGCAAACCCGUCCGCAGCUGCGGUCCCGAACAGCGCAGCAAGACUACUACGGACAGCCCGAGAAGGCGGAGUCCCGGUCAUCUGGACGGCGGUCGAGUAUACUGACGCCAACAUGGCUGAUGCCGGGCUUUUCUGGCUCAAAGCCAAGACACUGGCCGUGUGGCAGGUCGGCGGCGCACUGCACGCGCAGGGCCUGGCGGACUGGGUUGGCGUGGACUUGACGCCGAGGGACGACGAGCCUGUGGUCAAGAAGAAGUACGCCAGCGGGUUCUUUGGGACGACGCUCGCGAUGGAGCUGCGGUGCAGGAACGUCGACACUGUAGUCAUCUGCGGUGUCAGCACGAGUGGGUGCGUGAGAGCGACGGCUCUGGAUGCUAUGCAGCACGGCUUCCGGCCAAUGGUUGUGGGCGACGCUUGUGGCGACCGUAGCGAGGAGAUCCAGAGGGCGAAUCUCUUCGAUCUGGACUCCAAGUAUGCUGACGUUGUGACCGAAGAGGAUGCGUUGGCACAUCUAAGACUAGGCUGGGCAGACACAUGA